GAGGAAGCAAAGGUACCUGACCAUUAAUUCUGACGAUUAUUUCCAUCCAGCGAAGACAGCUGUACGGUGAAAACUGUCAACGUCGGUGGGAUUUUUACCCGAGAAUUUCCCCCGGAAAUCUCUUCCUGCAGGCCAUGCACGGACUACAGAGCUGACAGGGCGACAAAGCAGGCCUCAUGAACCUCGCAAACCAGCCCGCAGACCCAAGCUCCAACCUCCUUUUUGUGAAUUUUAACCAGGAUUACACAUCUCUGGCAGUUGGAGCUAAGACAGGGUACAGGCUUUUCUCACUCACAUCAGUUGAUAAACUUGAGCAGAUCUACGAAAAUGAUUCGGAGGACAUCUGCAUCGUGGAGCGACUGUUCUCCAGCAGUCUGGUGGCAGUGGUCAGCCUGUCGGCGCCCCGCAAACUCAAGGUCUGCCACUUCAAGAAGGGCACGGAGAUCUGUAACUACAGCUACUCCAACACUAUCCUAGCUGUCAAGCUCAACAGAAAGAGGCUUAUUGUGGCACUGGAGGAGUCCCUCUACAUCCACAACAUCCGUGACAUGAAGGUCCUACACACCAUCCGGGACACCCCUCCCAAUCCCCAUGGCCUCUGCGCUCUCUCCGUCAGCAACGACAACUGCUACCUGGCUUACCCGGGCAGCAACCAGAUCGGGGAGGUCCAGAUCUUUGAUACGGUCAACCUGCAGGCUGUCACCAUGAUCCCGGCCCACGAUAGCCCCCUAGCCGCGUUGGCGUUUGACCACAGCGGGACCAAACUUGCCACGGCCUCGGAGAAGGGCACAGUAAUCAGGGUAUUUUCCAUCCCUGAUGGCAAGAAGGUGUUUGAAUUCCGACGAGGUGUCAAGAGAUGUGUCAGUAUAAGCUCUCUAGCAUUCAGCUCUGAUUCCAUGUUCCUGUGUGCGUCCAGUAACACAGAGACCGUCCACAUCUUCAAGCUGGAGAUACCCAAAGAAAAAUCCACAGAGGAGCCCACAAGUUGGAUGGGGUACCUAGGCAAAGCCCUGAUGACCCCAGCUAACUACCUCCCUUCCCAAGUCACUGAGGUCUUCAACCAGGGCAGGGCCUUUGCUACCGUCAAGCUACCCUUCUCUGGCCUCAAGAAUGUCUGCGCUCUUGCCAAUAUAUCUAAGCCUAGAGUUCUCGUCGCAGCAGCCGAUGGCUUUUUGUACAUAUACAACCUAGAUCCAGUGGACGGAGGUGACUGUACGCUUCUCAAGCAACACAGGCUGGAUGGUCAAGUAGAAGGGGCCGAGGGCGGCCAUCUUGCAGGCGGUGUCAGCGGUGGGAUCGCCUCAGGACAAGCAGCAGCAUCAGCAGCAGCAUCAGACCAACCAGCUAGCAGCAGCAGGCCAUACUCUGGGGCAGCGUCAUUCGCAGCAGCAGCUGCCGCUGUGCCCAGGCAGGAACCACUGUCCACAUCGCCGCACCGAUCACCUGCUAGAGGUAGCCCAGCUAGGCAGGCCCAUGAUGCGGGCACCAGUGAUCUCCUAGGCGCAGCUGCUGAGGAACCCAAUCCCUACGACCCCCAGACCGGACUGAACACGCUCAGACUCGACGACGAUAAUGAAUUUCCUCCAAUGACGCACCACACCGAAACGUCCUAGCCCCUCGCGAUCAUGUUUCCCUGCUGACCACUGCCAAUAGCAGGCAUCAUCAGGCAUCGAACCCAUAUAAAGUAACAGUGGCUGAAGCUUUAACUUCCUCAAUCCUGCAAAAUCGUCCUGAAACCUUCAAGUCGAUUUGGAAGGAUGUCGGAUGGUAAUGGUUAUUGUGUAAAGAAGGGAUGUUCAUAAUUGUUGAGAAAAUUGUCACGCCUUGUAAUUGGACAACAUGAUGAAAGGUCUUUUUAAGCAUGGAAUCUAAAAGCUGUUGUCUUUUGUAAAAGUCAGCAGUGUGUUCAUAUCCAUGAUUGUCGUUGGAUUUUUUAAAGGCAACUUAUUUUGCGUAUUGAUGGCACGUGCUAUGGGUUCUUGACAGCAUGGUAGUUCCUGUGUCUGCUAGUGUUGCUGCAAUUCCAAAUAAAAAUCAGUGGUACAGUAUAUCUUACUUGUUCUGUGAAGGCAGAGUACAAAUUAAUUGUGAAAAGGACAUUUGACAGUACAAGAUUGUCUCAGUAUGGGUUCAGUCCAACAAGAGAAGGCGCUUUUUUACCAGUUUCGAGAGCUGCGUGGACGGGACACACUGCGUGCAUGUACCGGAUCGUGCGGGCGCGCAUACAGCGCGAAGUACACACGACUUAUUUUAUUCUGCAUGUGCACAUAGCAUAGCAUCUUCGUGUGAGCCACAGGCGUCUUUUGCAUUGGCACAAAUGUCUUUCUUAGUGGUCUCCCCCAACUCUCCCUUUCUUACCCUUGAGGGGGUACUUGUGCACGGAGCCCAUAUGAGCAAUGAAUUUCAGAUGCUGACACUUCAGUUGACAGACCCUUUUCAAGGAUUCGCCAUCUUGGAUUAAUUUCACUUGUCUUGUUUCAUAAUGUCGUGUCUCUCUGGGGAAAAAUAGAAUAUCAUUACAAUUGUUUGCCAUUUGAGAGAUCAUGCGAUUUUCAAAAUAAAUCCAAUAUGGCGAUAUCCUUGAAUUGUGCCAUGCCCCCACUACAUGCACAAUGCUAGUCAUGCAAUAUAUUUCUGCACUCGCUAAUAUGCUGGCGCUGCUUUUGUCAAAACCACUUUUUGUAUCCACCCGGGUUUCUUGUGUAUCGCUGUUUUUUGAGCGACGAUGGUGUACAAAAUACAGUCAACAGAUUAACGGAGGAACUUGUACAAAGUUUUUAAUGCUAAACUUGAAAGCUAGCAGUGUGGAAAAAAAAAAUUUGUUUCCGUCUUGCAAUGAUUUUUUUCCAAGUUGUUCAUUGGAACAAAAUUAAUGUUUUAUCACUUAUCUUAUAUAAAUACAAAAAAAGUAUCUUUGAUUUGGUGAUAAGAUUCUUUGAGGUACCUCUGAUGUGUAUUACCUUUUACAAAUUUAAAAUUUAUUGAGAGAUUAGUAAAUUUAUUAACAAGUACUCAGUAGCUGAUAGAUUAGAUGUGCUCUUUGCUCUAAAAGGAAUUUUAAAGUUUUUUUUUUUAAUGGAUGUUAACUUUGAAUUAUUGUCUUCUUGGCAUUUAUUUGAUUGUUUGAAGUAAAAAAAAAACAAGCACAGCACAGUCCGAUGGCUGGAAUUGCAGUAUUACAAAUUUCAUUGAGAAAUUAUUUCGUCUUCUCAAAAGGCAUUUUGAAUCUCUAUUAACUGUGACACAGCAUGUAGUUUGUUUUACAUGGAAACUGAAAAUGUGCUUACAACUAAAGCUGAAAAUAGAAAAAGGAAUAAAUUGUUCUGCGAAUAUUCGUCCAGCUUGGAGUUGAACAGCUGGAUUGGAUUGAAGAAG